GGACUCGAGAGAAAAUAUCAAAAUCCACAGAGGGAGAGAAAUUUCGGCACGCGAAAAUGGCGACAGAACGUGGAUUAGAAGAUAUCGGAGUCGCCGGAAAAAGACUGAAACGAGGCGGAGACGAAGAAGAAGAAAAUGGCUACGGAGAAGAAGAAGGGGAAGAGGAAGGAGGAGGAAGAGGAGAAGACGGGAAGCUUCCAUUGAAGCCGGGGAUGUUCUAUUACCCGAUGACGCCGCCUUCUAUUGUUGUAUCUGAUGCUCUGGAGCCGGAUUUUCCGAUAAUUUACGUCAACAGAGUCUUUGAGGUCUUGACUGGUUACCGCGCCGAUGAAGUUCUUGGUCGAAACUGUCGAUUCUUACAGUACAGGGACCCUCGUGCUCAGAGGCGUCACCCAUUGGUGGAUCCUGUUGUUGUGUCCGAGAUUAGGAGAUGUCUUGAAGACGGCCUUGAAUUUCAAGGCGAGCUUCUCAACUUCAGGAAGGACCGUACUCCUGUGGUGAACCGGCUAAGGCUUUCCCCUAUACAUGACGAUGAUGGAACUGUUACGCAUAUAAUCGGUAUACAGGUGUUCUCUGAAGCAACCAUUGAUCUCAACCAUGUAUCAUAUCCUGUCUUCAAAGAGACCUGCAGCAAUCCACAACUUCAUCAGAAAUCCCAAUACUUAUCCCCAAGCGGACAAGCAGCAGUAGCGUUCAGACAGAACCAGGAUGUCUGUGGGAUACUACAGCUGUCUGAUGAAGUAUUGGCGCAUAACAUCUUAUCACGCUUGACUCCAAGGGAUGUCGCUUCCAUUGGAUCUGCAUGCAGUAGAAUUCGCCAAUUGACAAAAAACGAGAGCGUGAGGAAGAUGGUGUGUCAAAAUGCAUGGGGAAAGGAAAUCACAGGAACACUAGAGAUUAUGACAAAGAAACUCGGUUGGGGACGCUUAGCUAGAGAACUCACCACCCUCGAAGCCGUUAGUUGGAGGAAAUUCACCGUUGGAGGAUCAGUAGAACCUUCACGCUGCAACUUCAGUGCAUGUGCCGUGGGGAACCGGCUAGUGCUCUUUGGUGGGGAAGGAGUAGAUAUGCAACCAAUGGACGAUACAUUCGUUCUAAAUCUCGAUGCAGAAUAUCCCGAAUGGCAACGGAUGAGGGUGAAAUCAUCGCCACCGGGACGAUGGGGCCAUACUUUAUCGUGCCUGAAUGAGUCAUGGUUAGUAGUCUUUGGUGGGUGUGGAAGGCAAGGAUUGCUCAACGACGUGUUCGUGCUCGAUCUAGAUGCUAAGAAUCCGACAUGGAAGGAAGUGUCCGGUGGCACGCCUCCUCUCCCGAGAUCAUGGCACAGCUCUUGCACCAUCGAAGGAUCUAAACUGGUUGUGUCAGGCGGGUGUACGGACUCUGGCGUGCUUCUAAGCGACACGUUCUUGUUGGACAUGACGAUGGAUAAACCUGCGUGGAGAGAGAUUCUGACAACGUGGGCUCCGCCAUCGAGGCUAGGACACUCUCUCUCGGCCUUUGGUCGGACCAAGAUCCUAAUGUUUGGCGGGCUGGCAAGUAGCGGACAUCUGAAGCUACGGUCGGGAGAGGCAUACAGUAUAGACAUAGAAGACGAAAACCCGCGAUGGAGACAGCUGGAAUGCAGCCAUUUUGCCGGAAUCAGCGACCAGAGCAGGGUGGUUCCGCCGCCGAGGCUGGACCACGUGGCCGUGAGCAUGCCGUGCGGGAGGGUGAUUAUAUUCGGAGGGUCCAUUGCCGGACUUCACUCGCCGUCACAGAUAUUUAUUUUGGACCCGUUGGAGGAGAAGCCGUUGUGGAGGAUACUUAAUGUUCCGGGACAGCCGCCGAAGUUUGCAUGGGGACAUAGCACCUGUGUGGUCGGAGGGACUAGAGUUCUGGUCCUCGGUGGUCACACCGGUGAGGAAUGGAUACUCAACGAGUUGCAUGAACUCUGUCUGGCGAGUCGCCAGGACUCGGAACUCUGAGUCGAGUUCUGUCGAUCACAACCUUUGCCUAAAACCCCAUAUGGAGACAGAGAGAGAGAGAGAGCCUUGGCUUCGGUAAAAAUGGUACGGUUAUGGUCGGUCUUUUAUUUUUAGUUACUUUGUUCAAUUCUGUAUUUUAUGUUUGUUGUGAUUUUAUUGUCCGUAGAGAAAAGUCAGGUUCUGAUUUUCCUGUGAAAUGCUUCAACGGCUCUUCAAAAUUUUAUGAUGGUGUUAUGCUUUUUGCUCUCAAGCCCAUGUAAGAAAAUUUUCAAAAGAGAAGUUUAACGGGAGUCUGUAGAUUUCGUUAUUAAGGUUGUGGUGUUAGAUAUGUCGUGUAUGAUUGUAUUGAAUCGCAGGUGUAUUUAUCUAUCUUUAUUACAUU